AUGCAAGCCUCCAUACGCUGUACGACAGGACGGCUGAACGGUAGGACGGCUGAACGACAUGACGGCCGAACGACAGGACACAUCACACACUGCCCAAAUCACCAAAUAAAGACAGAAAAAAAAAGUGCCGAUCAAAGUGAACAAUAUAAAUACAGGGUAGCGAUGUCUCAUAUUUCAUAUCUCAUAAUUCUCUUUUAUUCUUACCUAACCCCCUUCUUCUCACCCGACUACUCACUCUCAGUCAUGUCAGCUGUAUCAGAGCCCGUCGCCAUCAUCACCGGUGCUGCCUCGGGCAUUGGACUCGCUUUGGUAAAGCACCUCAUUGCUAAGGGCUGGCGGGUGGUCAUGGCCGAUAUCAACGAUGUGGCUGGCCUGCAGGCUGCUCAAGACCUAGGGAGUGAUCGCGUCGUCUUCCACAAAACUGACGUGGGUUCAUGGAGCGAUCAAGUAUCUCUAUUCCAGCGCGCAUGGCAAUGGAGUGGAAUGGGACGACUCGAUCUGCUAGUUGCUAACGCUGGUAUCUUUCGGCCCGAUGAUAUUUGUGACACAGGCAGUGACGACACGCCCAAAGAACCAGCGUUAGAAGUUUUGAAGGUCGACCUCUUCUCGGUCUUCUACGGGCUAAAGCUCUUUGUGCAUUACUCAAAGAAAAAUCCUCAGCCUAGUGGAAAGGUUGUGGUAACUAGUUCCCCAACUGGUAUCUAUCCUUUCCCCUUCGGUCCCGAAUACUGCAGUGCAAAGCACGGAGUGAUUGGCCUCGUCCGCUCUAUGGGUCCCCGCCUUCAAAAACAAGGCAUAUAUAUCAACGCGGUUCUCCCUGGUUUCGUGCUCACGGGCGCGACUCCAGCUGCGGUUAGCAGUCUGGUGCCUGAAGACUACCUAACUUCGCUUGGUGCCGUUUGCAAAGCAUAUGACAUGUUUGUGGAUGACUUCACUCAUUUCGGACAAUGCCUCGAGGUCUCGGUAGACAAGGUUUAUUUUAGCAACCCUCCUGCGUACUGCGACGAGGCCCAGGCUUUUAUCACGAGUGAGGUGUGGACAAAGUUAGAUUGA